UUUAGCUUUUGCUGUCAAUUUUAUAUCAUACUUUGUUGAAUUCUAUUAGAUUUUUAUUGGUUCAGAUUGGUUAGAUUUCUAUUUUUGUAGCAGUGAAACCUACAUAUAAUAUACAUUUUUAAAAAUCUGAUUUUUACAGGUCGGCUUUGUUGAGAAAUGGCUACAGAUAAAUUAAGUUCAGUGAGAGAAGUGAAUGAUGUUGAAUUUAGUGGACUGAUAAUAUGGUAAAACUGCUGCUAGCAGAAAUAACUACGUAUACAGAAUUUUCUACUAGUCCAUUAAAUAAGCAAGCUUGGAAAACUAUUGCUGCAGUUAUUAACACUCAUGGUUAUAAUUUGACUGCAGAAAACUGUUGUAUAAAAUGGACUGGUAUGAAGAAAAGAUAUAAAACGUUAAAAGAUGCAAAUAAUCGUACUGGCGCAGCAAAAGAAACCUGGGAAUAUUUUGAUAUUAUUGAUGAUAUGCUAAGAAAAAACCCAGAAAUUACACCGUUGUCCAUAGCAUCAAGUACACGUGGUUUUAGAGUAAAUGUAAAUACGUCUGAAAGCAUAGAUUUGAGUACUGAACACACCGAAGAAAAUGAAGAAAAUGAAGAAAGUUUAGAAGCAACCAAUAGACCGAGAGCUGGCUACGAAAAUACCAACGUCAUUCGUUUAAGGAAAUUUUCAACCUCAAACGAUUGUGGCAAUGUUGCAAAUUAAGAAAGCGCAAGUCUGGCUGCUGGCCGGUGGUGCGUUCAGCGGGGGCGUACGCCCUUAGCUGUAAAAUAUCGAGGAUGAAUAUCGUCAUAUAUGUACGGCUAAAAAUUUUUUUGCUUAUUGUAUACGUAUUUAAUAAUCUGUAUAUGAAAUGACAGACAAAAAUCUCGGGUCUAACACCGUGCCAGACGUCGCCGAAAAUUUCAGUAUCUAUGGAAUGUACUGUAAAUUGCCGGCAGCAACAAUUAAUUUUAUCACUUAAAUUUUUCGAGCAUUAAAUUUAAAAUGUUCUCUGCUAAUAACAAUAAUAUUUACGAACAUUUUUUACGGGGGAAGGGGCACACAAAAAUUUCGGUUCUAAAGGUUCGGUCUAAAUUUCGGUUAUAUUUCAGAUAUUAAUAAAGAACAAUUUUUUUUAUUACAUUAAGAAUAACAUUAAAAUCACAUAUACAAAAGUACAAAAUGAUAUGUGACAAUCUUAUUUUAAUAUUAUGUUAUAAUUAUUAAUAUAUGUUUAUUUAUU